AUGAGCUCGGCAACUGCUAAGAGCUCCAUUUCAAGUGGUGGUCUUGAAAAGAGUAAUCCCAUCAAUGAUGAUACGAGGAUUGAGGUAAAGCUCGUACAACAAGGGAAUUUAGUUGGGGAGGCAUCACUGGAAUGGUCUCUUAAUUUUUUAACUCGAAAUUGUGACUUUUUAAAUGAAAGAUCAAUGUCUCCGCUUUCAAUUUAUGCAGUACAUGUGUGGACAGGAUCACAGAAUUGUGAAUUUGCCAACGAACUUUCUUUUCAAGGAAAGAUAAGAAAUAUGCUGUUUAAGUUAUUAAUUCAUCCAGUUCAUGAAUUAGUAAACAAUUUAAAGACUAAUGCUUAUUAUAUUGCAGCUUUAAGUUCCAAAAAACCUUUUGAUUUUGACAAAAAUAUGUCUUCGCAUGGGCUUGAAAUCCCUUUGAUUUCUGGAAAUUGUUUUGAUGGAGAUUUUAUUUUGAAUCAGAUGAGAUGGAUUUACAAGUUAUUUCACAAUAAAGGGGAAGAAGCAGGGAGGCUUUCUUUGGAGUCUGAAGAAGAUGAGGAAUUCUUCAGCAACGUUACUUUUUCAAAUAAUUUGAUAGAAUUUAGCAGGAUUUUCUGCUCAAAGUUGAUUUUUCAUUGGCUAACACACCAUACUCUCACAAACUUUUUAUAUAACCCAAAUGGCCCAAUUUCACUUUUAAGCUUUAACAUUUUAAUUGAGAAGCUUUCGCCAUUUUUUUCUAAAUAUAUUGAGCACUCAAAAGACAUGUACUCGGAUAUUAUUGCAUUUUCUGAUUCAGUUUGGGAAAUCUGGAGAAAUAUGAAGGAAAAAAAUACCGAUUUGCAUUCAGUUGCACAUUGUCUCGAAAAAUACACCUCAGAAAGCGAAGAUUUUAUGAAAUGCUUGACCAAUGUGGUUCUAAAACAUUCCCUUGAUGAGCUACUUGACAAUCUCUCAGAGUUAGUUAUUGCAAUAAAUGACGCACUUCCAUGCGCAAAUUUACAUGCAAUGCUACCUUUGGGAACCCGCCUAAACACGUCAUUAUUGGAGGAUUGCCAAAAAAGAGAUAUUGCUCCGGACGCAGAUCCUAAGGAGCCAUUUAAUUCAAUUUUUGAAGUUGCUGGGUUUAAAAGGGCAGUAUCGGUUUGUAGAGAGUUUCCGGACUUGUUGAGACCAAAGGCAACAUACAGCGAAAAGGUUGUCAAGACGACACAGUUGGUUUUAAAUUACUGCUUAAGAAACAAACUGGCAGACUGUAAGUACAUAAAGAAGGUAGAUCAUGACAAAGAAGUGGCUGAAGAAGGUUUUCGUGACAUUUUAGAAUCGCAAAACGGGACUAGCUCGUGCCAGGAAUUAAACUCAAAGAAUAUAAUAGAGGAUGCUGUAUCGGAUGUAAAAAAGACAGUCAGGCAAUAUUCGACAAGGAGUGUAACAAAGAAUGCUCCGAGUAGUUUGAGUAACGAGACAGGGAAAGCUAGUAAUGAUAAGAAUAGCUUAAAGAGGAAGAACGUGUUUAAGGAUGAUGAGCAGGUAGAGUCUGAGAAAUCAAAAGGGUUGAACUUGUAUUCAGAUGACAAGGGGAAGACUGGGAGAAAAAUUUCAUUAAGGGGGAUCUCUGAAAGCUCUGACUUAUCCGAAGACACUACGCCAAAACCAAUAGUUUAUAAAAAGAAAAAAGACGAUGAGCAACAAUCUGUUCCAAAAAGAGCAUCAGUUAGAAAGAGUUCAACAAGUCCGAAUAUUGGAAUAUCAAGACAAUAUCGCCGCUGGAGUGAUGAAGAGACAAACUUGCUCAUUGAUGGUGUAAACAAGUUUGGACUAGGGAAGUGGAGAGUUAUCCUGGCUACUACCAAGUUGACCAACCGUGAUGAAGUGGGCCUUAAAGAUCGUUGGAGGAACCUCGUCAAAGGUGGUCACGUUACUUGGGACUCUAAAGCCAAAAUUUACCGUUCUGUUAAAUAA